AUAUAUAUAAAUAUAACUUAAACCUCUGCUUUUUCUAUGCCCACUCUUCUCUUCUUUCCUCCUUGCUCCUCAUUGAAUUCAUUUUGCAUUUCAAUUUUUUAGAUAUCUACUGAAAAUUGGAGGAGAAUUUGGCAUUAAAAUGAAGCCUGCCAGUUUCCUGUAUUGUUGUCUUGGACUAUUGGCUUUGCUCAGUGGAGUUUUGGUCAAAGCAGAAGACCCCUAUAGGUUUUAUACAUGGACAGUUACAUAUGGAACAAUUUCUCCUCUUCGUGUUCCUCAAAGGGGUAUCCUUAUCAACGGACAAUUUCCAGGCCCUCUUGUUGAUUGUGUUACUAAUGACAAUAUAAUCGUUAACGUCAUCAACAAGUUGGAUCAACCUUUCCUUAUUACAUGGAAUGGAAUUAAACAAAGGAAGACCACAUGGCAAGAUGGAGUUCAGGGGACCAAUUGUCCAAUCCCUCCAAACGCUAACUGGACCUACAAGUUCCAAACCAAAGAUCAGGUUGGAACUUUCAAUUACUUCCCUUCAAUUGGAAUGCAAAGAGUUGCUGGUGGAUAUGGGGGUUUCAAUGUUCAAUCUAGGUCAGUGAUUCCAAUUCCAUACCCAAUACCAGAUGAAGAAUUUACCCUGCUUAUUGGUGAGUGGUACAAGACUGAUUACAAGGUAUUGCAGCAAAAUUUGGACCAAGGCAUAUCUCUUCCUCUUCCUGAUGCUCUUCUUAUUAAUGGUCUUCCUAAAGGUGCUACCUUCACUGGUGAAAAAGGGAAAAGAUACAAGUUCAGGGUUUCAAAUGUGGGGAUUGCAACUUCAAUCAACUUCAGAAUCCAGGGCCACACAAUGACCCUUGUUGAAGUUGAAGGAGCUCACACCUUGCAAGAGGCUUAUGAAUCACUUGAUGUUCAUCCUGGUCAAUCUGUAGCUGUUUUAGUUACAUUAAACGGUUCAUCUAAGGACUACUACAUUGUGGCCUCUACUCGUUUCACUAAGCCAAUUCUCACCACCACAGGAAUUCUACGCUACGCCGGUGCCAACACUCCACCAUCUUUGCCAUUGCCUAUUGGCCCAACUUAUCACAUUCACUGGUCUAUGAAGCAAGCUAGGACCAUCAGGUUGAAUUUGACGGCAAACGCAGCCAGGCCAAACCCACAAGGUUCGUUCCAUUAUGGGACCAUUCAAGUUGUGAGGACACUGAUUUUAGCGAAUACAGAAGCUAAGAUUGGUGGAAAGUUACGAUAUGCAGUUAACAGCAUCUCUUAUGUGGAUCCAGCAACCCCAUUGAAGCUUGCUGAUUGGUUUAACAUUCCUGGUGUCUUUACCUUGAACUCCAUCAAGGAUUCACCCACCAAUGCCGCAGCAACCCUCGGGACAUCGGUUGUUGGAGCUACACUUCAUGAUUUUUAUGAAAUUGUGUUCCAGAACACAGAGAACACCGUCCAGUCUUGGCACCUUGAUGGAUAUAGUUUCUACGUUGUCGGAUACGGCAAAGGUGUAUGGAACCCUGAUGUGAGGAAGCGUAGGAAGCUUUACAAUUUGAAUGAUGCUGUUCCAAGACACACUGUUCAGGUAUAUCCCAAUUCUUGGAGUGUAGUGUUGGUGUCAUUGGACAAUAAAGGAAUGUGGAAUCUGAGGUCUGCAAUUUGGUCAAGGCGAUAUCUAGGGCAACAGUUGUACCUUAGGGUUUGGAACAAUGAACGCAGCCUCUUUACUGAGAAUGAUAUCCCUGCUAAUGCAUUGUUAUGUGGGUUGGCUAAACGACCAUAGAAAUGUGUGUUUUGUGUCUCUGUAGCUUCUAAGGUUGAUCUAAAUUUUAUUUUUCCUUUCUUGUUGAAUCAGUUACGAGAGUGUAACUGUUAAGAGGAAAUUAAAAUUGGGAAAUAGGGUUGGAAGAUGAGGGGAAAGGAGAGAUUUUCCAUUAAUUUGUGUCAAGUUUGUAAUAAUAAACUUGUUUCCCUAUAGUAUUUCAUUUAUCUGGUGUUUAGC